CCAGCCCCCGCCGGGGGGAGGGGCGGGGUCUUGUUGCCAGGCAACAGAAGCGGCCGAGCGCGGCGGCGGCGGAGCGGUGCCAUAGAAGGCCUGUUCUGACACCAUGUCUAUACCAUUCUCAAACACCCAUCACCGCAUUCCACCGGGAUUUGCAAAUCUGCUAGAAGGACUAGCCAGAGAAGUUUUGAGGGAGCAGCCUGAAGAUAUACCAGCCUUUGCAGCCAACUAUUUUGAAGAGCUGCUGGAUAAAAGAGAAAAAGCCAAGUUUGACCCAGCAGAAUGGGGAGCUAACCUAGACGACAGGUUCUACAACAACAAAGCUUUUGAGGAGGCUGUAUCUUUGCAAGAAGAGGUGAAGGAGUCAAUGAAAGAUUCAUCCAUGGAGCCCGAGCCUGACAAACACAGCCUCUUUGAAACAACCACCCAUGAAAUAGAAGAUAGAGCUGCCACCAAAAUCCAGGCUGUCUACAGGGGAUACAGGGUAAGAGAGACAGUGAGGAGACUGAAAGAACUAGGUCAGGAUGUAACGAAUCCCAUGGAAGAAAUCUAAUGCCAUUAGACCUGCCAGUGUCAUGAUUUCCAGACUAGAUGCAGGUGAAUGAAUGGCUUGUUUGUCACUAUUGACAGUAGGUUUAUUUUUAUUUAAUAAACAUCGCAUAUUCAAAAUGCA